CUACGUAACAAAAAGAAACAGCAGUUAAUCAACUCCUGCACCCUCCAUCUCUCUCUGUAAAGGAAAAUAAAGAUACAAGUAAUUCGUGGAGACAUGACCGAGCAGUUGUCAGAUAAUUGGGCUGUGUAAUUUAAUUUAUAUGUAAAGAACAAUCAGAGAGAUGAAAUGUGUCGGCUCGAUUAUUCUUCCCAUCAUGAAGACGGUGUGAAGAUCAGAGUUUUCUUGGAACGCUACUGGUCCCUUUUUGGGUGUAAUAUGGAAUUUCAUAGCUUUAUUGGCAUAUGCUUAUUGGUGGGUGUUUAUUAAAUCCUGUAAAUAUUCUGGGAAAGAUUGAUUUUCUAGCAGACUUUGAAAUAUAUUAAUCUGUUUAUUAGUGGUUUUGUGGAUAAAUUGUGGGUGAUUUGGGAAAAAGCACUAUUAGUAAAAUGGAGGAACAAACCCUUCUUGUUGAAGGUUCAUCCAUGGUUGAAGGUAAGGAAGUGAAACUUGAAGAAGAUGAAGACGAGUUUAGAAGCUGUUGUGAGGAUGAGGAUGAGGAUGAAUUCAAAGAGAAGGAAAAAUCAACAAAGGAAGAUUUAAAUGACAAUUUUGAUUCAGAUUCUGUAAAGAUAUAUUUUAAGGGUGUUUCUGUAGUUGGCCCUGGAGAUUCUGGUUCUAGGCUUUCCGGAAUUGGAGUGGUAAUGGAGAGGAACGGUAGCACUCCGAUUCGAGUGCAGAAAAAGCUCGAUUUCUAUGUGGACGAAUUGGUGGCAGAUUAUUUAGCUUUGUUAGAUGGUUUAUCUGAAGCUAUUCAAAACAAUUUUAGGCGGGUGUUGGCCUUCACCAAUUCUGAAAUCUUGUAUGAUCAGGUUUCACGCGGUGAGAGACUUGAAGAUCCACUUAUGGUGGCUCUGAGGGAAAGAAUCCUAGAACAAGCUGGUAAUAUGGAAGCCUUUGUUCUUAAUUUUGUUCCUAGUAUUGAUCUUGAGAAGGCCUUAAAGUUGGCUCAAGUGGCUAUUGGUAUUGUCAUUUCCAUGGCCGAUGGAGAUAAAUUAACAGACACUUGUGCAAUAUGUUGCGAGGAGAAGCUCAUGUCAAUGAUGGUCACAAUCAAAUGUUCCCACAGAUUCUGUUCUUACUGUAUGAAAACCUAUGUUGAGGGGAAAGUGCAAUCUACUCAAGUUCCCAUUCAAUGUCCUCAAUUGAUGUGCAAAUACUGUAUAUCCAUAGCUGAAUGUAGGUCUUUUCUUUCAGUUACCUCUUACGAAUCUUUGGAACAAGCUCUUGCAGAAGCAAAUAUUCUCAACUCAGAUAAGAUUUACUGUCCGUAUCCUAAUUGUUCAGUUCUGCUUGAUCCUAAUGAAUGCUUGUCAACUAGGGCAAGCUCAUCAAGUCAACCCCACAGUAGUUGUGUGGAAUGCCCUGUUUGUCAGAGGUUUAUCUGUGCGGAUUGUGAGGUUCCUUGGCAUUCUUCCAUGACCUGUGAAGAGUAUCAGAACAUCCCGUUAGAGGAGAGGGAUGCUUGUGACUUGACUUUUCACCGUUUGGCACAGAACAAACGAUGGAAACGUUGCCAGCAAUGCCGGAGAAUGAUUGAGCUUGCUUAUGGUUGUUACCACAUGACAUGCCGGUGCAGGCACGAGUUCUGUUACUCCUGUGGUGCGGAUUAUAGGAAUGGCCAACAGACAUGUCAAUGCGCAUUCUGGGAUGACGAUUUCGCUAAUGAACUGGAGCCUUAUCCAAUCCAACAAGAACAAUGGACAUGGGACUCAUUUGAGUCAGUCCCGAUGUUAAUGGAUGCGUAUUCAGACCAGGAAAGAUCACAACUGGCAGUGAUCCAGAGGUUUCUUUCCGGAGGUUUCAGUUCGACCGAUCAUAAUCCUUACCAAUCCCCACCUCGCUGUACGGAUUCCUAUGUUGAUGCCAUGAAGGAUCUGCAGCAACUGCCUUGGCUCGAGGGAUUUGUCUCUUUGAUAAGCGAUAAUUACAAUGAGGAUUACUUGCAAUGAGCUAAGCUUGAUUAGCAUUUCAAGAAGGCUUGGUGUAGGAGGUAGAGUAUCUUGCUCACACUCCUCGUAGAUAGGUUGAUUCUUAUGUAGUAUUUAUGUUGCAUCCUGAGCUCAAACAUGUGAGCACCCGAUAAUAACUUCCUUUGAAGAAGACUACAGAAAAAGAAAGUUGAACACAAGAAUAACAUGCUUUUGACAAAUUAUUGGCAAUGAAACUAACUAGUUUAUAG